CGGCGGAUUAUUUGUUUGGUGAAAUUCCACCAGACACGCAGUGCAGCAGUCCCAUGUUGUCCGUUUACCAGGAAGCGAAAACACAAAUCCCGGCCAGCCGAUUGAUUCAUCUUUUAAUUUACUUCAGCCGCGUGCAGGAACAGCAACAAAAGAUAUGUACAUAAAUCGAGAUACUAGCGCGUAUAAAGGAAUCCAACAGAUAUAGAAACGUUCUCCUUUGGUGCUUCUGUUUUUGUUGCUGCUUCUGCCGCUGCUGUCGCUAUAAAUAUUUACAACGCCCGUCUUGUACAUAAAGUGUAAAUAUGUAGAUACAUUCUGGUAGAUACAUUCGCGUACAUAAACUCUUUCAAUUGCUCAUGGACAAAAAAGCUACGCAGAAUUGAGAGUGAAUCAAGUGAUAUGAACUGACUACCAGUAAACACAAAAGUUAGCUGGAACAACAUUUUCAAACGGAAAUCACACAUGUAAACAGCCCAAAAUGUCGAAGAAACCACGUGGACACAUUCACAAGAUCCGAGAGUUCGAAUUGGAGAAGAUCCAGCUUGUGGAUGAGUUUGAUAUCAUACAGAUCGUCGGCGAAGGAUGGUUCGGGAAGAUACUACUGGUGGAGCAUCGAGGAUCACAAACCGAGAUGGUCCUCAAAGCCGUACCCAAGCCAUAUGUAACCCUUCGAGACUUUUACCGGGAAUUCCACUACGGACUCCAUUUGGGCGUUCACCGGCACAUUGUAACAACAUACGACGUGGCCUUUGAGACAGCGGGAUUCUACGUUUUUACCCAGGAAUAUGCUCCAUUAGGGGAUCUCACAUCGAACGUGACCGAUUCGGGUGUGGGCGAAGUUUACAGCAAGCGUGUAGCAAAACAAUUGGCCUCGGCCAUUGACUAUAUGCAUUCAAAAGACAUUGUGCAUCGCGAUAUAAAGUUAGACAACGUGCUUAUCUAUCGCUCGGACUUCCAGCGCAUCAAGCUCUGCGAUUUCGGCGAGUCCUUUCCCACAGGAUCCACUGUGGAGCGGCGCAACGAGUGGCUGCCCUACAGUCCGCCUGAAGUAUUAGAAAUCAAACCGGAGGGCAGUUACAAAGCCGAUCCCAGUCACGAUGUGUGGCAGUUUGGCAUUGUGAUUUUUGUGUGUUUAACAGGAUGUUUGCCCUGGCAGAAGGCUGCCUCCGAUGAUCCGCGAUAUGUGCGUUAUGUGGCCUGGCAGGGCGGCCUAAUGAUGAUGCCACUGCGGCGCACUCCGCGCCUCUUCAAACUCCUCACCUCGAAUGCCCAGCGCAUGUUCAAGCGCUUCUUCGCCAGGAUCUCCAACCGACCGAAGAGCCUGGCGGAUGUGACCAAGUUCCUAGACGACCGCUGGCUGGCCAAGACCGCCCAAAAAGAGAUGGCUGAGUACGAGACCGAUGAGCUCUGCCCCUCCAUGUACUCCUUCCACAGCAGCCCCGACGAGAAGAACAAGCUGCUCUACACCCUCGCCGACUGCGGGAUCGAGACCAAUGUGGACCGGCAGCAGAAGAAGAACCGGAUCAAAGACUGGAUAGAGUCGUCCAUCAUCACGGAGGAGGAUGAGGAGGAGAACGAGGAGACCAAUUCGGCGUCCCCAUCCUCGUCGGUCUCCCGGGAGCCACUGCCCGGUCACAUCUCAUCGCUGCGCAAGCCGGCGGCUCUGACGGAGAGCGCCAAGGAGAUCAACAGCACGCUGAAGGACGCCACCCAGAAGCACUUCGAUCCGCGAACGGGGGCACUGCAGCAGGGACCCAGCGAGAUGGGCCAGGUGGCCAUGUCGUAUUCCAAGUCCGCCAGUCCCUCCUCCAACUACAGCACCACGGCGUCCACGUUGAACAACGCGGAUAGCCUGUUGACCCUGGGCUCGCGGCAGGAUCUGCUGGCCAGCAACAUGACCAUGUACACCUCCAUGGAGACCGAACUGAAUCGUCUAGGUGAGGCUGAUCCUCGGCUGAACCAGCGCUCCCUGAGCAACAAUCCCCUGCUAACCACCUUCGAUGUGAACACCUCUCCCGCCGCCAAGAACUCAAUUGGAGUGGGCACCCGCGGCUCCAGCCGAAGCAUCCUCAAGUCCUCCAUCGCCACCGCCGCUUAUCCCGCUUUGGGCGCCUUUAACCAUGGCCAGAGCCACAGCCUUCAGCAGCUUAGCCAGCACCUCCAGACAUCCACGGGCUUCACCACCCCCACCAACAAGAGCUCCUUCUUUCGGCGAUGACAACCGCCGGCUUCUACUAGUCACUAAUCCUCCUUGCCGCACUUUCAGAGCUUUGCGAUGCCCGGCACUCGAGCUAUGCUAAUCUCCCAUAUGCUUCUCAAGUUAAAGACAGUGCCUACGGAUCGGCCGAUGUCAGCGA